CCUGUUUUCCCUUGAAUAUAUGAAUCACCAAUUGAUUGUAUUCUUGAGCUGCUUGGGCAACUGGCUGUAACCUGGCUUAUAGUCACGAAAUAUAUUGAUCAUAGUGGCCUCGGUCGUUGUAUUGACCUUGGCUUGGCAUAUGUUGCUGCUGUCGGAAUUCGGGUCUCUGUAAAUGCGUGCCAGCAGUGGCAGAGGCACAGGCAGGGGCAGGGGCGGAGACAGUCCAGCGUUUUGACAAGUUACUGACUGACUCACGAAUCUCUAGGCUAGGCGACUGACAUAUUCAAGACAGAGAUGGCUUCCGCAGAUGACACCGAAGAGAUGCUCCGUCUCGCAGCUCAAGGCUUUGAUUUACUCUUCGCAAAUGAUCUGGAAGCUGCCGUCAACGUCUUUGUCGCGGAGAGUCAGGAAAAUUCACCAUUUCACCUCGUGGGACUCGGCGUAUGUGCAUUCUUGAAGGCCGCACUGGGUAUGGAGGUCCGUCCAGUUCAUAUUAUCUCCUUGACGAAUGCCAACUUGCACUCAACCCUUCCCCUGUGAAGCCCGAACUCAUGGAGGAUGCCGCGAAGUGCUUGAUCUUGGCUGAACAAGGCGCGAGGAAACACAUGAAGCUUGCAAAAUCAUCCACCUCGAGUCAUCGUUUCCAAC